CUCUGUGUGUUUUACCAAAUAAUUCGCCAAACUAGUCUUCAAACCUGAGCUUAAAAAACUGUAGUUUCACGAAACCUAUAAUGUAAACCUGAAAUUUAAAUCAGCUCACGGGUUGUGAAAUAGCGAGCGGGUUUCCGGACGUUGUUGUCUAAGAUUACAGUACCAAUACCGCACCCAAAGCCACAGCGGAAUCUUUAGAAUAGUGCGGUGUGUUUGCCACUGAAGCUCCAAACACCAAACACUCUCACAAUUCCUGCCACCAAAAACAGUUGAAGAGUUAAAACCAAAGAAGAAUCUAUUUACUUUCUCCACCAUGUCAAAAAUCAGCCAAGUCUUCAAUGUCGUGUUGGUGCUUCUGUGCCUUCUACUGAAUGUUUCCGCCCAGGUGCGUGGCGCCAAAGGAGCCAAUCCUCAUCCAAGCAACGCUCUGCCCGUGAAAUCGAAUUCCGACGCUGCCCCAUAUACCGAUGCCCUCAACGCCCAGCAGAACGCGGCUCGCGAUCUCAGAACCAUUUGCAGAAAAGGAAAGAGCUGCUAAAGUACAUCCAAGCAGGUCCAGCAGCUGCAGAAGUUGGAACCAGACAAUGAGCAGAAUGGUGCUCUACUCCACAACAUUGUAUACUACAUAUUAGGGGUACUUAAGUACAGUACUAGCAGCAUCAUAAUAUUUUAAGCCAAGAGUCAUAUCCUUCCCUUAUAGCUACCGGUAGUAGAAAGCAGAUCCUUCCCUUAUAGCUACCGGUAGUAGAAAGCAGAUCCCGGUGUUGGCCCCGGGAAUCUUCCGUACUUGGGCGGCUUCAUCAAGAAUUGCACUCUCACGAAGGAUGGAAUGAUCAUUUUAUUAAAAGACCACCAAUGCCGGGGAUCAAUGGCUCCUGAUCUGCUCCUGGAAUGAUUGCUUCGGUAGUGAGUUGCGCUGUUGACUAGAGCACGAACACUGCCAUGGCAAGGUUUGGGAACUUGAAACAUGUAUGUCUCCAUAGCACCAUGGAAUGAUUGCCCCAGUGCAUCCCACAAACUCGCCUUGUAACCAUUGCAAUUGCCUUCAAACAAAAUGAAAGGGAAGCCAGUACUUGUGGCAGCGUGGCAGCUGACACUUGCAACCUGCAGAAACGCAGAAACAAAGAAUUCACUUGCAGAUGUACCGGUUUCAACUACCCCAACGUUAGUGUUCCACCGAUGUGUGGGUGUCCUCCACGUCCUCACAGGAUCUGCUGCAGUGUAGAUUGUACGUACCAGUACUUCUAAAGCUUAUUGUCUGGAAAGUCCCGCAAAAGCUGAGUUUUUGGGAUACUCUUUAAUUAAACAGCUGAUUGUUGAAUAAAUCCAACAUGUGUUGAAAAAGUGUUGAUUAAAGUGUU